CGCAGCCUUGGGGCGGUGAACUGGCGCGCGGAGGCCUCCAGGCCCAGGGCGCCCCAGCCACGCAGCCACGCAGGCAGGCGGGCGGACCCGCCCGGGGGCGCACGCUCGCUGGCGCGGAGCUCCGAGCUGGCAGUGGCGCGCACGGCGCUGGUGCGACGCUGGGUGGCGCUGCUGGGCCGCCCCACGCCAGACCUGUUGAGCCCAGGGCGCAACUCGGGCAGGUUUAGGGGGACCCGCCGCUCCGCUCUCCCCGCGCGCCCCUGCAUCCCGGCUGCAGCGCCUCCCUCGGGGCGCCCCACGCCCCACCGUAACUUAAGGCUCCCAUGCCUUUGGCCUCUGCGUUCCCCGCCGCAACAGUUCUAGGCGCGUCGGGUGGGGCGGGAGUAAAGUUUUUCCAAGCUGGUCUGGGAGAGGGCUGGAUGGGGAGGACCCUCCCAGCUCCAGACUCCAUGGCGGGCUGGACUGUGUCCCCUCGGCGUCAGGGCCGCCCAGGGGGCUCUUCUCUCGGUAGGUGCCAGCCCCGGGGCCGACCGGAUGGGCUGACCCGUGCACCGCCCCCUCCCACCCGCUUCCCCAUCCCCAUCCCCCUCCCCCGCCUCUGGCGCGCACCGGCCCCCGCGUCUCCGGCCCCGCCUGCGUCGGGGUCGCUGCAGUCCCCGCGGCUGCCCCAGGCUCCCUCCCCAGGCGCCCCGGCUUGAUUCCAGCCCGGAGAGCGCCUCGGGGGCAGCGCGGGACAGCGAGGGAGGCCGAGGCGGGGGCCCUGGGCGCCCCAGCUCUCCCACCCUGGGAGGCGGCCCCGACUCCGGGAGCCGGAACGCAGGGAAAGGCAAGGACGGGGCGGCCGGCGGAGGGGCGGGCGCCGUUCAUCAGCCACGCCAGUCACGUCUGGGGCCACCCGGCUGCCUUCUUCCUUUCCCCCUUUGCUUUCUCCCCCCUCUCCUGUUGGCGAGGGCAAAGUGGCCGUGGCGGCGCCAUGCCCGGGCCGGAGUGAGUGCGCGCGGGCGAAAAUGGCGUACAUCCAGCACUUGCUCAUGGAAGCCCCACGAGGGCAUGGCUGUUUGCUGCUCUCUUCACUCCUGGAUCAGCCAGGACAGUCCCUGGUGCCUGGUAGGUUCCAACUGGACUUGACAGACCUCCUUGUUCUCAUAAGCCACAGAAAGGGUGCAGAUAUUUUGCAGCUGGUCAGCACACCAGCAUUUUCAUAGUCAGUGUCCUAGCUUAGCCCUUCCACUAAAGAAAAGAGGUAACCGAGGCUCAGAGUGGCCCCCUGACUUGCCCAAGUUGCACGAUUGGCUGCUGGGGAGGCCGGAACUAGCGCCUGCCCGCUCAGCUCUUUGCAUGGCCCCCUGCACUUUCUUGCUCUGUGUAUGGUUUGAGUUUCCGUUUGGAAAAGUUUGUAAUCGGUGCCUGAGAUUUUGCUUCCCAAGCUGCAGUCACUCCCUUACCGCUUCAAGGACUUUGGCUUUUUCACGAGCUUUGUACCACCUGUACUGUUACUUACUUAAUAUUUUUUCUGUAAAUGGAGUCACUUUUUUUUAACUUUAAGAAAUCAUAUGAAAAGGAAAACUUUAUGUCACUACCAUAGUAGAAAACCAGGAUCACUUGAUAUAAACAGAAGGCAAUUGGAAAAAUAAACACAAUGAGAAUAAAUGCCACUUUAUUAGAUUUUAGCUGGAUGGAGCUAUCUCCAUGGCUCCGAGGGGGGGUCUGCUCUCUGUUUAAAAAGGAAGGAGGGGUAGAGAGAUUUGCAAGUGGUAGAAAGAUGUUAAAUGCAAUGGUACCAAAUGAAGACUUUCUCCUCCUUGCAAGAGAAUUGAAAAAGACCCUAACUUUCUCCCUCUAGAUUCAAAGUUCUGAGUUUGAACCCCACCUCCUUUCCUCUCUGGGACAUGUCCCAGGCUGGGAUGCGGGACCCCCUCCUAACCCACCUGGUUUACUGGGCCCACUUGGAAAGCCUUCGAGACCCUGGCCUGGAAGAGAAGGAGGGAGCCCGUGCCUUGGGAUCCUGCGAGAAGACGAUGGGGUGGGGGAUGGGGCCGAAGAAGGGAGGAAGCCCCUCCCUCCUCCCCCAGGACCAGUUAUGGCUUCCUUUUCGGCUCCCUCUAUUUGUGGGUGAUCAUAUGAAGCUCCCUACCGUCACCAUUGGAGCAGAAUUGGAAGGUAGGGCCUCCGAGAGGGUGGGGGUGCCGAGUCACAUCCCCUCUGUGCCUGCCUGUGUGUUGCUGAGCGCGUCCCUCUGGGUGGGCUUCCUGGCUGUUUCUGUAGAGGAAGGUUUGUCUUCUGAAGUGUGGCUGCGUUGGAUAGCUUGACUGUCUAUCCACCCGGGCUGAUUCAUAACAGCAUACGGUGCAAAGCAGAUCGAAAUGCUCAAGUUUCCCAUUUAUUCGGUGUUGGUUAGCCAGGAGCCUACCAGCAGCCCUGGGAAUAGCAACACCUUGCUAGGAAGUCAGCUCCCUUCCCACGAUGUUGGAACCGUUAAACAAGGGUUUUCUUUCUAGAAUCUCCGACCUGCUGCUAUGCAGGUGGACUUGCCACCGCUGCUGUCAGAAGUGCUGUGAAUCCAGCUGCUGCCAGUCGAGCGAGGAUGAAGUGGAAAUUUUGGGACCUUUUCCUGCCCAGACGCCUCCGUGGCUGAUGGCUAGCCGGAGCAGUGACAAGGACGGGGACUCCGUCCACACAGCCAGCGAAGUCCCUCUGACUCCACGGACCAGCUCCCCCGAUCGGAGAUGCUCAUCCUCGGACACAUCUAAGUCCACGCACAGCCUGACCCGGAGGAUUUCAAGUCUCGAGUCCAGACGACCCAGCUCCCCGCUCAUUGAUAUUAAACCCAUCGAGUUUGGCGUUCUCAGCGCCAAGAAGGAGCCCAUCCAGCCCUCGGUGCUCAGACGGACCUAUACCCCGGACGAUUAUUUCAGAAAGUUCGAGCCCCGGCUGUACUCCCUUGACUCCAACAGCGACGACGUGGACUUCCUGACCGAUGAGGAGAUCUUGUCCAAGUACCAGCUGGGCAUGCUGCAUUUCAGCACCCAGUACGACCUGCUGCACAACCACCUGACGGUGCGGGUCAUCGAGGCCAGGGACUUGCCGCCCCCCAUCUCCCACGACGGCUCGCGCCAGGACAUGGCGCACUCCAACCCCUACGUCAAGAUCUGCCUCCUGCCGGACCAGAAGAACUCGAAGCAGACGGGGGUCAAACGCAAGACCCAGAAGCCCGUGUUCGAGGAGCGCUACACCUUCGAGAUCCCCUUCCUUGAGGCGCAGCGGCGGACGCUGCUUCUAACCGUGGUGGAUUUUGAUAAAUUCUCACGCCACUGCGUCAUCGGGAAGGUGUCUGUGCCUCUGUGCGAGGUGGACCUGGUCAAGGGCGGCCACUGGUGGAAGGCGCUGAUCCCUAGUUCUCAGAAUGAAGUAGAGCUGGGGGAGCUGCUUCUGUCACUGAAUUAUCUCCCGAGUGCCGGGAGACUCAAUGUUGAUGUCAUUCGAGCCAAGCAACUUCUUCAGACAGAUGUGAGCCAAGGGUCAGACCCCUUUGUGAAAAUCCAACUGGUUCAUGGACUCAAGCUUGUGAAAACCAAGAAGACAUCCUUCUUAAGAGGCACAAUUGAUCCUUUCUACAAUGAGUCCUUCAGCUUCAAAGUUCCCCAAGAAGAACUGGAAAAUGCCAGCCUCGUGUUUACAGCCGUGCCAGAGCUGCCCCGGGCUUCCCUGUGCCCACUCUUCUGGAUGGAGUUCCAAGGCCACUGCUAUAGAUUUUUCCCUCUCAAUAAGACCUGGGCCGAGGCUGACUUCCACUGUUCUGAGUUCUCCAUCGGCAGGAAGUCCGCCAAGCUGGCCUCCAUUCACAGCUGGGAGGAGAAUGUCUUUGUGUACGACCUCGUGAACAGCUGUGUGCCUGGCAUCCCGGCCGACAUCUGGAUAGGGCUCCACGAUCACAGGCAGGAAGGGCAGUUUGAAUGGACCGACGGCUCGUCCCAUGACUACAGCUACUGGGAUGGGAGCCAGCCGGAUGACGGCGUCUACGCAGAGCCAGAAGAGGAGGACUGCGUGCAGAUAUGGUACCGGCCCACCAGCGCUCCGCGGUCAUGGAACGAUAACUCCUGCGGCCGAAAGUUCCCGUUUGUCUGCAAGAUCGCCUCGCUGACCAUUCACUGAUCCGGUCUUGCCCCCUGGGAGCGAGCCCCAC